AUGAGGACAGGCUUCCCGAACACCUGUGGGAGCCUCGAUUGCGCCCAAGACCUGCGCAAAACCUACAACAUCGACAUCGAACUCAAAAGGCUCAACGUCGAUAUCGCGGCCUUACAAGAGACCAGAAUCGAAGACGAAGGGUCUAUACGCGAGGUGAACUAUACUUUUUUCUGGAAGGGCAAGAGUGCGUCAGAAAAUCGCGAGCAUGGUGUAGGAUUUGCGAUCCAUAAUCACUUACUUAACGCUAUAACGACUCCUAUUGGUGUUUCUGAGCGUAUUAUGAUCUUGCGUCUUAAAACAAAGUGCGGCUUUGUCACGCUUAUUUCCGCUUACGCUCCGACACUCAAUUCAACAUCUGAGAAUAAGGAUCAAUUCUACGACCAGCUCGACGAAACAGUUCGCGGGGUGCACUCAACAGACAGACUUUACAUCUUGGGUGACUUUAACGCUCGUGUCGGACAGGAUACGACCGCCUGGCCUGGUGCACACGGUGUAGGUAAGCAAAACGAGAAUGGUCAGCGUUUGCUGGAGUUUUGCUCCAAGCACCAGUUGUGUGUAACCAACACUUUCUUCAAAGGUAAGCUGAUGCGGAAAGUCUCCUGGAUGCACCCCCGAUCGAAACACUGGCACCAACUUGACCUUGUCCUUACUAAACCUCGUCCCUACCAAAGUGCGGCUUACCCCAAAGAGAAUCCACUCAUCCAGGUCCACGGGUCGCAAAAGGAU